AUGGAGAAAGACAAACGGAAGUUCAAAUUAGCUCAGUUGCUGACACUUUACCUCUUCAAAAAACAGCACAACAAAACUCUGUCAGCUACUACCAACGCCAGUGCGGAUGCUAGCGGCACCAAGACCUCUUCAGCCACAAUCAGCGCGUGUGGUUCUUCUGAGGACCAGCAGAGACAGUGGACGGAAGAUGAUGUCAUCAAAGAGAUCAACAUCACCAACGUGGUCAAGGAAGGAGCGGAGAAGGCCGACCCCUCCCAGUUUGAACUUCUCAAAGUGUUGGGCCAGGGCUCCUUUGGGAAGGUGUUUCUCGUCCGGAAGGUGACUCCACCUGAUACCAACCAGCUGUAUGCCAUGAAAGUUCUGAGGAAGGCAACGCUUAAAGUGAGAGACCGUGUAAGAACCAAAAUGGAGAGAGACAUCCUGGCAGACGUCAAUCACCCAUUUGUGGUUAAACUGCACUAUGCUUUUCAGACAGAGGGAAAGCUCUACCUGAUUUUGGACUUCCUCAGGGGUGGAGAUCUAUUCACCAGGCUGUCCAAAGAGGUGAUGUUUACAGAGGAGGAUGUGAAGUUCUAUCUGGCAGAGUUGGCUCUGGGUCUGGACCACCUACAUGGCCUGGGCAUUAUAUACAGAGACCUCAAACCUGAGAACAUUCUCUUAGAUGAGGAGGGUCAUAUUAAACUCACAGAUUUCGGUCUGUGUAAGGAAGCCAUUGACCAUGAGAAAAAGGCUUACUCAUUCUGUGGUACAGUGGAAUAUAUGGCCCCUGAAGUGGUGAAUAGACAGGGCCAUAUCCACAGCGCCGACUGGUGGUCGUUUGGAGUACUGAUGUUUGAGAUGCUAACAGGGUCACUGCCAUUCCAAGGAAAAGACCGGAAAGAAACCAUGAACCUUAUUCUGAAAGCUAGACUGGGAAUGCCUCAGUUUCUGAGUGCUGAAGCCCAGAGUUUACUAAGAGCCCUUUUUAAGAGGAACCCGACCAACCGCCUAGGUUCUGGGCCGGAUGGAGCUGAGGAGAUUAAACGCCACGCUUUCUUUUCCACCAUAGACUGGAAUAAACUUUUCCGGCGAGAGAUCAAACCGCCGUUUAAACCUGCCGUGGCCCGACCAGAUGACACCUUCUACUUUGACUCUGAGUUCACUUCCCGCACCCCUAAAGACUCCCCCGGCGUUCCUCCCAGUGCUGGUGCUCACCAGCUCUUCCGGGGCUUCAGUUUUGUUGCCUCUGCAAUGCUGGAGGAGGACGGCAGAGAGGAACAGGUCCAGCCCACUCCCCACCCUGUGGUACAGCAGUUGCACGGGAAGAAUAUCCUGUUCAGUGAUGGUUACGUGCUGAAGGAAGACAUUGGAAUGGGGUCUUUUUCCGUCUGUAAGCGCUGCGUACACAAAGCCACCAACACAGAGUAUGCCGUCAAGGUAAUUGAUAAGACCAUGACAGACCCAAGUGAAGAGAUUGAGAUUCUGUUGAGAUACGGUCAGCACCCCAACAUAAUCACCCUCAAAGAUGUGUAUGACAACGGUAAAGAGGUGUACCUGGUGACCGAGCUGAUGCGUGGGGGAGAGCUGCUGGAUCGAAUUUUAAAACAGAAGUUUUUCUCUGAGCGAGAGGCCAGUGCUGUGCUCUACACAAUCACCAAGACGGUGGAAUACUUACAUUCUCAGGGGGUAGUACACAGGGACCUGAAACCCAGUAACAUUCUGUAUGUGGAUGAGUCAGGGAAUCCUGAAUCUCUCCGUAUUUGUGACUUUGGCUUCGCCAAGCAGCUCCGCGCAGACAACGGGCUACUCAUGACUCCGUGCUACACGGCUAACUUCGUAGCCCCAGAGGUCCUGAAGAGACAGGGCUAUGAUGAAGGCUGUGAUAUUUGGAGUCUGGGGGUAUUGCUCUACACUAUGCUGGCUGGUUUCACGCCAUUCGCCAAUGGACCAGAGGACACACCAGAGGAGAUUCUGAGCAGAAUAGGCAGCGGUCAUUUCACGCUGACUGGAGGAAACUGGGACGCGGUGUCUGAUGCUGCUAAGGACCUCGUGUCUAAAAUGCUACACGUUGACCCUCAUCGGCGGCUGACGGCCAUGCAGGUCCUGAAGCACCCGUGGAUUGUCCAGAGAGACAAACUCCCCAACAGCCAGCUGCAGCACCAGGAUGCCAAGCUCGUCAAGGGGGCGAUGGCAGCCACCUACUCUGCCCUGAAGAGUUCCCAGCCAACCCCAGAACUCAAACCCAUCGAGUCCUCUUUCCUGGCUCAGAGACGCGUGAAGAAGCUUCCGUCCACCUCUCUGUAAAGAAAAAAGAGAGAGGAACUG